AUGGCGGACAAGGAACAAGAUGACCGUCUCUUUGUGGGAGGUUUAACGUGGGAUGUUACCGAAGGGCAGCUCAAUAAUACUUGCCCAUUCAGAAAAAGGUUCAAAUUUUGUUUUACCUAUGUCUACCCAGUGAAGAAACUGGAGCUUGGACGAGACUUAAUUGUUGUGCACAGUGACUGUCGGUUGCUCUCCGUGGCUUUCUACCUUGGAGCCAGGCUAAAGAAGGUAGCUGUCGACGGCUGCGACGGCGUCUUCCAUGUGGCCGCGACGGUGGACUUCGAGGAGAGAGAGAGCGACUCGAUCUGGCGCCCCCGCUGCCGUUUGGCCGACGGGGAGUUGUUGAGGUCGCUACGGAUGUUUGCAGAGGCUUAUGUGGUGACGAAUACGGCGACCGAGAUAUUGCCUCUGGAAUUUGGGGAGAAAAAUGGAUUGGAUGUGGUGGUCGUGAUGCCGUGGUGGGUCGUCGGGCCCUUCAUCUAUCCACGCUGCCCCGAUUCGAUUCAAAUUGCUCACAUGAAGAAAGAGAUUUUACGCAAUACGGGCGAAGGAUAUUGCUUAAGGUGGCUUGACACAAGGGCAACAAACUCAGAUUGCUAG